AUGGAUUUGAAGGAAGAGCUUGGUCCAGACCCAAAUGGUGGCAACUGUUUCUACAGGAAGACUUGUGAUGAACCAACAGCAACAUGCUCAAAUCCAGAUUGUCCCAUUUCCAGAUUCCACCUUGCUUGCCUCUGCUUACAAAGUGUAUCUAAGAUAUGGCUAUGUCCACAUUGCAGGAAGCUACCAAAGUUUGGCCGUGGUAAGAAAGGGGUGAAAAAGAAUGAUGUAAGUGCAAGUUUCUUCGAAGAAGCUUCUUCUAUUGAAACUGUUUGUGCAAGAAAAAGGUUAAUUCUGGGGACAAGUUACUGAAAUGUCAUAAUAACAGUUGCUCAAGUGGGAAGUUCGUUCAUUUACACUGCAUGUCAUAAAUUUUGUGGACAUGUAAUAAAUGCAAAUUGGACAAUAUUUGUGCAACAAAGUCUACAAAACUUCGACCAUUUUCAUCUCCUGAGAGUUCUGUUGACAAUGGAUCUGAAAUUGUCUACCUUGGUACUAAUGAAGCUGAGCAAGUUGAUAAAUAUGGUAUACUUGCAACACUCACUAAUUAUGACUUUGAUGUUAUAGAAUCACCUACUGGGUGGUUAGAAAAUACUGUAAUACAAUGUCCUUUUGAAGAAAAUUAA